UGCUACGGUAACAAUUAAUUGCAUGUCUUCACCACCAGGUGGAUAACGUCAUUUGGCGCGCAGUUUCUUGUCUGUGAACUGAGGAACUGCGAAAACUGUAAAUACAAAGCAUGAAGUGCAGUAUCCCAGAAAUAUCGUGGCACAACAGAGAUCCCAUACUGAGCUUAGAUUUUCAGCCUUCGAAAGAGAAACGCAGACGCCUUGCGACAUGCGGAACUGAUACUCAUGUCAUGAUAUGGCUCGUUUUACCGCAUGCGAACGGGAGCAUCAGCUUAGAGUUUCGUGCUGAUUUGACACGGCAUACGAAGUCCGUCAACGUUGUCCGGUUUUCGAACACAGGUGAACUGCUGGCCUCAGGAGAUGAUGAGGCAAACAUAAUCUUGUGGAAGCAGGCAGAGAAAAGGUCCGACGAUAUUUUCGACGACUCUGUUGAAAACAAGGAGAACUGGGUGGCACAUAAAGUUUUAAGGGGUCACAUAGACGACAUCUGUGACGUCUGCUGGUCGCCUAGCGAUUGCUUUUUGGCUUCGGGUUCGAUCGACAACACCUGCAUUAUCUGGGAUGUCGGCAGAGGUAAAAAUGUGGGAAUCCUCAAGGAGAACAAGGGCUUUGUGCAAGGUGUCAGUUGGGAUCCACAGGAUGUUUACUUGACGACAUUGAGUUCAGAUAGGUCCUUGCGUGUAUUUAGUACGAGGACCAAGAAAGUGGUACAUAAUGUUCAGAAGGCUACUAUACCACAAGCAAAAGCCAACAAAGAAGUCAAACCCAGCAGAAUAUUCUACGACGACACCCUGAAGUCGUUCUGCCGGCGGUUGGCGUUCUCUCCCGACGGGGAGCUCCUGGUCGCGCCGUCCGGCAUCAUCGAGCAGGACGAAGGAAAGAUCAGUAACAGCGUUUACGUGUUUUCGAGGAGCCGUCUAAAUGAGCCAGUUUAUUACCUGCCCACUGGAAGCACCCCCAGUAUAGCUGUUCGGUUCUGCCCCCUCUUCUUCAAGCUCCGUAGCCCUCAAGGUAACGGUGACAAGGAUGAAGACGGCACCGAUCUUCCGCAAUCCCUUUGGAGGCUUCCUUACAGAAUGGUGUUCGCAGUUGCGACACAGGACGCGGUGCUGCUGUACGACACGCAGCAGUCAGCUCCCUUUGGUCACAUCUCCAACAUCCACUACGCCAGGCUUAGUGACCUCACCUGGUCCCCGGACGGACAGAUCCUGAUUGCCUCUUCGACGGACGGGUUCUGCUCCAUCAUCACUUUCGCCAAAGAUGAGAUUGGAGAGGUGUACGAGGGAGACUUGCCCCACCUGAGUGCUAACAAGAGCCCGACACUGCAAAUCGAACCCACGACAUCUCCAACAGCGGAGUCCAACACACCUGAAAGACAGCAAGAAGAUGUAGCUGUCGACAUGCAACCGUUGGACGAAAUAGAUAAACGAAGUCCAGACCAAUCUGAGAAAAUGGACCACGAUGGAGCAGCCAGCUGUCCCAUGGAAGAUGGGGAUGAUCAGAAAACCAAGCGUAACGAAAUGAGCCAAAAUGAAACAAAACCGAACAUUUGCCAGAAGCCACCAAGGAGAGUGCAGCUCAUCACACUAUCUUCAAAGUGCACCUGACGUUUGUCUCUUCACAUGUUGUUGUGAACAGAAUGUGCUGUGAUUGGUCUGAUCGCCGGUACGAGUACUUCAGGUCCACAGGUCGCCCUUAGUGUGUGGCUGUGGUGGAAAGCCCUUGUAAAGUAUUCAUUGCCUAUUGUUGACUAUCGUUAAAUCAUGUAUACAAAUAUACUAAGACACUGAACUUUA